AUGGUGAAAGAUGGGGCAUCUGACGGUGCCGGCACCGGCGAGUCCUCAUCCGAUGGUUCCACCGGUGCUGGUGGCCCUGUCGGAGCACUACUUGGCGGCACUUCUGGUGCGGUUGGAGCGGGCACCGGUGCUCCUGUAUCGGGAGCUCGUGAUGGCACUCUGCUACCUGGAAAUGGCGUAGGCGCUCCAGUACCUGGAGCUCGCGAUGGCGCUCUACUACCAGGAAAUGGCGUAGGCGCUCCAGUACCGGGAGCUCGCGAUGGCGCUCUACUACCUGGAAAUGGCGUUGGUGCUCCAGUACCGGGAGCUCGCGAUGGCGCUCUACUGCCUGGAAAUGGCGUUGGCGCUCCAGUACCGGGAGCUCGCGAUGGCGCUCUACUACCAGGAAAUGGCGUUGGCGCUCCAGUACCGGGAGCUCGCGAUGGCGCUCUACUACCAGGGAAUGGCGUUGGCGCUGAAGCACCGGGAGCUCGCGAUGGCGCUCUAUUACCUGGAAAUAGCGUUGGUGCUGCAGCACCUAGGGCUCGCGAUGGUGCUUUACUACCUGGAAAUGGAGUUGGUGCUGCGGCACCGGGGGCUCGCGAUGGCGCUUUACUACCUGCAAAUGUCGUUGGUGCUGCGACACCGGGGGCUCGCGAUGGCACUUUACUACCUGCAAAUGUCGUUGGUGCUGCAGCACCGGGGGCUCGCGAUGGCGCUUUACUACCUGGAGUUGUCGUUGGCGCUACAGCACCGGGAGCUCGCGAUGGCGCUGUACUACCUGAAAAUGUAGUUGGUGCUGCGGCUCGGGGAGCUUGCGAUGGCGCUUUACUACCUGUAAAUGGCAUUGGCGCUUCAGCACCGGGGGCUCGCGAUGGCGCUUUACUAUCUGGAGUUGUCGUUGGCGCUCGUGAUGGCGCUGUACUACCUGAAAAUGUAAUUGGUGCUGCAGCACGGGGAGAUUGCGAUGGCGCUUUACUACCUGCAAAUGGCAUUGGCGCUUCAGCACCGGGGGCUCUCGAUGGCGCUUUACUAUCUGGAGUUCUCGUUGGUGCUACAGCACCGGGAGCUCGUGAUGGCACUGUACUACCUGAAAAUGUAGUUGGUGCUGCGGCACGGGGAGCUUGCGAUGGCGCUUUACUACCUGGAAAUGGCAUUAGCGCUGCUGCACCGGGAGCUCGCGAUGGCGCUUUACUAUCUGGAGUUGUUGUUGGCGCUACAGCACUGGGAGCUCGCGAUGGCGCUUUACUAUCUGGAGUUGUUGUUGGUGCUUGUGAUGGCGCUAUACUACCUGAAAAUGUAGUUGGUGCUGCGGCACGGGGAGCUUGCGAUGGCGCUUUACUACCUGGAAAUGGCAUUAGCGCUGCUGCACUGGGAGCUCGCGAUGGUGCUUUACUAUCUGGAGUUGUCGUUGGCGCUACAGCACCGGGAGCUCGUGAUGGCGCUGUACUACCUGAAAAUGUAGUUGGUGCUGCGGCACGGGGAGCUUGCGAUGGCACUUUACUACCUGCAAAUGGCAUUGGCGCUUCAGCACCAGGGGCUCGCAAUGGCGCUUUACUAUCUGGAGUUGUCGUUGGAGCUACAGUACCGGGAGCUCGUGAUGGUGCUGUACUACCUGAAAAUGUAGUUGGUGCUGCGGCACGGGGAGCUUGCGAUGGCACUUUACUACCUGCAAAUGGCAUUGGCGCUUUAGCACUGGGGGCUCGCAAUGGCGCUUUACUAUCUGGAGUUGUCGUUGGCGCUACAGCACUGGGAGCACGUGAUGGUGCUGUACUACCUGAAAAUGUAGUUGGUGCUGCAGCACGGGGAGCUUGUGAUGGUGCUUUACUACCUGGAAAUGGCAUUAACGCUGCUGCACCGGGAGCUCGCGAUGGCGCUUUACUAUCUGGAGUUGUCGUUGGCGCUACUGCACCGGGAGCUCGCGAUGGCGUUGUACUACCUGAAAAUGUAGUAGGUGCUGCAGCACGGGGAGCUUGCGAUGGCGCUUUACUACCUGGAAAUGGCAUUAGCGCUGCUGCAUCAGGAGCUCGCGAUGGCGCUUUACUACUUGGAGUUGUUGUUGACGCUGCAGCACCGGGAGCUCGCGAUGGGGCUUUACUACCUGGAGUUGUUGUUGGCGCUGCGGCAACUGGAGCUCGCGAUGAGGCUUUAGUACCUGGAAUUGUCGUUGGCCCUGCUGCAACGGGAGCUCGCGAUGGCGCUUUACUACCUGGAACUAUCCUUGGCGCUGCAGCAAUGGGAGCUCGUGAAGGCGCUUUACUACCUGGAAUUGUCAUUGGCGCUGCGGCAACCGGAGCUCGUGAUGAGGCUCUACUACCUGGAAUUGUCGUUGGUGCUGCAGCACGGGGAGCUCGCGAUGGGGCUUUACUACCUGGAGCCGUCGUUGGCGCUGCAGCAACGGGAGCUCGCGAUGGGGCUUUACUGCCGGGAGUUGUCGUUGGCGCUGUAGCAACGGGAGCUUGCGAUGGCGUUUUACUGCCGGGAGUUGUCGUUGGCGCUGUGGCACCGGGAGCUCGCGAAGGUGCUUUACUACCUGUAAUUGUCGUUGGUGCUGCGGCAACUGGAGCUCGCGAUGGUGCUUUACUACCUCGAAUUGUCGUUGGCGCUGCAGCACCAGGAGCUCGCAAAGGCGCUUUACUACCUGAAAUGGUCAUUGGCGCUGCGGCAACCGGAGCUCGCGAUGGCGCUUUACUACCUGAAAUGGUCAUUGGCGCUGCGGCAACUGGAGCUCGCGAUGGCGCUUUACUACCUGGAAUUGUCGUUGGCGCCGCAGCAACCGGAGCUCGUGAUGGCACUUUACUACCUGGAACUGUCCUUGGCGCUGCAGCAACAGGAGCUCGUGAGGGCGCUUUACUACCUGGAACUGUCCUUGGCGCUGCAGCAACAGGAGCUCGCGAAGGCGCUUUACUACCUGGAACUGUCCUUGGCGCUGUAGCACCAGGAGCUCGCGAAGGCGCUUUACUACCAGUCAUUGUCGUUGGCGCUGCAGCAACCGGAGCUUGCGAUGGCGCUUUAAUACCUGGAGUUGUUGUCGCUCCAGCACCGGGAGCUCGCGAAGGCGCUUUACUACCUGGUAUUGUCGUUGGCGCCGCAGCAACCGGAGCUCGCGAUGGCGAUUUACUACCUGGAACUGUCCUUGGCGCUUCAGCAACAUGA